GAAAUGUGGGGGAGGUCCUUCUAUUUCCGUGUCUGGGGAGAUAAGUGGUGUGAUUUCAGCGUUUGUUUUGAACAGUUAAAAAAUGCAGGACCCUAACGCAGAUACCGAGUGGAAUGACAUCCUGAGGAAGAAGGGGAUCCUUCCUCCCAAGGAGAAAACUCAGGAUGAGGUUGACGAGGAAGCUCUAGAGCAGCAGAUUCUUCUUCAGCAAGAAUCUGUUGUAAAAACCUAUGAGAGUAUGACACUGGACCAGCUGGAUGAGAACGAGGAUGACUUCAGUGAAGAGGAUGAGGCCGCCAUCGAGAUUUACAGGCAAAAGAGGCUUGCAGAAUGGAAAGCCACCCAGAUAAAUAAUUGCUUUGGGGAGGUAGUGGAGAUCUCUGGGCAGGACUACAUCAAGGAGGUGAACAAAGCUGGAGAGGGCAUCUGGGUCGUGCUGCAUCUCUACAAACAGGGCAUUCCUCUGUGCACCCUGAUAAACCAGCAUCUGUCAGAGAUGGCCAGGAAAUUCCCCCAGACCAAGUUCCUCAAGUCCAUCUCCACCACCUGCAUCCCCAACUACCCCGACCACAACCUACCCACCAUCUUCGUCUACCACGAGGGAGAGAUGAAGGCACAGUACAUCGGGCCUCUGGUCUUCGGGGGAAUGAACCUCAAAGUUGAAGAGCUGGAGUGGAGGUUAUCAGAAUCUGGCGCUGUCAAGACAGACCUGGAAGAAAACCCCAAGAAGCAGAUUGAAGACAAGCUGAUGUCGUCGAUCCGAUCUACUCUCCCCACACGGAAAGACAUUGACUCCGAUGAGGACUAGCCACGUAACACCAAAUAACAUUAUUCUAACGCUCAACCAUCACUGUGUGUGAGGAUGGCUCUCUCCUGUGGUGAUGUGGUAAACUGCACACCUCUCCCUCUCUCCCUAUGUACCUCAGUCAGCAGAGAGGCUCCAUCAGAGUACUAUGCCACCCCGGUUGAAGGAUCUCUUGUGUUACGAGAUCAUUCUCCUAAAUCAGAUCUGAACUAAAGUGUUUUUACAGAACCUUUGGUUGAAGAAGAUUAUUUGUCCUUUUUUAUUUAGCAUAUACGUUUGAUAAUAUAUGACAAUAUAAAUGUAUACAUUUGUAAUUGUUUAAAUUAAAUGUAAGUAGCCAUUCACCCAUGCCAUAAUCACAGUUGACGGUUUUUAUAAAGUGUUCGCCCUGAUCUGUGUAACCAUCACAUAAAGGACUCCUUUGAUGUA